CUCACUUAACAAGGACAGUAAUAACAUGAGACCUGAUAUUUACCUGUUAUUUAUAUUUUUAAGAUUGCCAGCAUAUAUACUAUGUAGUAAGGACUAUGCAGGGUACAAAGUAAUAAGGGUUAACUUGACUUCGGAGUUACAAAGAAAGGCCAUAGUAAACAUUGAAGACAAAUACCAACUUGAUAGAUGGGCGAGUAUCGGGGAUCCUAUCUCUGUCAUUGACCUGUGCAUAGGCUCGGAUAAUCUACACGAUGUACAAGAAGCAUUGGAACAGUGGAAAAUACAUUCAAGUAUUCUGAUAAAUGAUGUUCAGAGAGAAAUUGACAAGGAAAAGUCGAAAACACGUCAGAGAAGAGAUCUACAUAAACGUGAUGACGAAACGAUAGUUGGCAAAUACGCCACCUAUAGAGAGACUCUCCACUGGAUGCUGGAGCUAAGUAAGAGAUACCCCAAUAUCACUCAAGUGGGGGACAUUGGAACAACUGAGGAGGGACGACAGGUGACCCUGAUCAAGAUCGGGAAACCACAGCCAUUCUUCAAGCCAAUCGUCUGGAUAGAUGGCGCCAUCCACGCAAGAGAGUGGAUUUCUCCCGCCACAGUCACAUAUAUCAUUGACAAGCUUUUAAAAGGCUAUAAUUCUGAUUUUGCCAUCACCGACUUUAUUGACUACAUAGACUGGUAUAUCCUACCUAUUGCUAACCCUGAUGGCUAUGUAUACUCACACGAACAAGAUCGUCUAUGGAGAAAAAACCGUGCCACAAUAAAUGGAAGUGACUGUAGAGGUGUAGACUUAAACCGUAACUGGGGUUCACAUUGGGGAGAACUCGACAUCGCAUCUUCGGGCGAACCUUGUAAUUUAAACUAUAGAGGGCCCUAUGCUGAUUCAGAAUUGGAAGUGAAAGCCAUACAGAGAGUGAUUCAAAAUAUACAAGAAUCAUUAAAGGUUUACAUCACUUUACACUCAUACACACAGAAGUUCCUAAUGAGAUGGUCUCAUUCGAAAACAACAGCCCCUGAUCAUAGUGAAUCGGAGAGAAUAGCAUAUAUAGCAACAGAUGCAAUUGAAGCAGUCCAUGGUACUUCGUAUUCUGUAGGAAUAGCUCCAGAUGUUUUAUAUGCAUACUCGGGAGGAUCCCCGGACUGGAUGAAGGAAAAAGGUGGAGCCACCUAUAGCUUUGGUAUUGAACUACGAGAUAGUGGGCGCCACGGGUUCCUACUUCCUGCUGAUCAAAUCAUUCCGACUGGAGAAGAAAUCUGGGCGGGAAUCGAACAAAUCGGGGAAGAAGUUUUGAUAAAAUAUGCUUUAAACACUGAUGUUCUAUGUGACGGUGUUAAGAACCUAGCUUCGCUACCAUUGGAUUGCCCAACUAACACAACUCGGCUAAGUCUUGUCGGUUGCAGACUGUCUAAAUUGAACGAUGGAGACCUUGGGAAGCACUAUCAGACAUUGGAGACAUUGAACAUAUCUGGAAAUAACAUUAGUGUUUUACAUAAUGCAACAUUCGCUGGCUUGAAACAUCUGCACGUUUUGAACAUCGGAGAUAACUUUUAUUCUGCAACUGAAUUGGACAAGCACAUGUUCAGUUCGUUACCUAACAUCAGACACAUCGAGGUGACCAGUUGGGGCGAUGCUAUGAAAAGGGGAACUGGCCGUAUAGUAGCAAAGAACUGGAUGAAUACAUUCAGCGGAUUAGAAAAAUCAACAAUUGAAACAAUUAUAUUCAAACACAUCUCGAAAAACCCCGUAGUAGUGGAAAAAUCAUACUUUAAAUAUUUGAAAAAUUCCCCGGUUAAGAAUCUUAUUUUCAAUGACAUGGAGAUGGUUGAUAUUGAUAUUGACUGUUUGGAAUAUCUACCCCAUCUUGAGGUUGUCGACCUUUCGACGAACACCUUAGAAAUGACAUUUAGCUACUUCAAGAUGAUAAUUUACCUAUAUAAGCUAACAAACCUAACAGAUGUGAUCAUAAAGGAUAACGUGAUGAGGCAUGGGUCUGUGGUUGAUGAGAUCUUAACAAAAGAGCAAGCGAUGACCUUUUACCAGUUUCCAAAAAGCAUUCAGUUGAUCGACUUCUCAGGAUCAAUCAUGACGUUGGGCUCAUACUCGUUCUCAUACGGUUUUAGGGUACGAAGUGAUAACCAGCUCACAAAAGUCGAUAUGUCUGGUAUGAAACUUGUACAUAACAUAGGAGGUGAGGUGCUUGGUUUUGUUAAAUUGAGGGAAAUACACUUUCAAAACAACGGAUGUGAGAUCAGUCCAUCUGCAUUUUCUUGUCGAAAUGGUGCAUUUGAAUCAAUCCAAAUUCUGGAUCUUUCAUACAAUUAUUUAAACUUGUCUAAUGUAGAAAAUGGUACUCAAAUAUUGGAAAACUGCACAAAACUUCAAUAUUUGGAUGUGUCGCAUAAUAGAAUGAACUCCAUCCCUCCUUCUGCUUUUAAAGACACUUUUGGACUUAGGACCCUCAAUCUAAGCGGUAACAAUCUCAACGACAUAAUUAUGGACAUCAAGAAUCUUGUAGUUCUGGAAACUUUUAACAUUUCACAUAACAAGUUCCAAAUGGUGCCGAAAUGCAUUCGAGACGACCUGACUUUUCUCAAGCAACAUCAUAAUAUUAGUGUUAAACUGGACGUCACUGAUAAUCCUCUUAUAUGUAGUUGCCAUUCCUUUGACUUUAUAGAAUGGAUGCAAGUCAACAGCAAAGACAUACACCAAUGGGACACGCUGCGAUGCACCUACUACAAUGAUUCUGUGAUUCAAAUGCGUACAAUUAACGUCCCAAUGCUACGGAUAACAUGUGUACAGAGAUUAAUAUUUGCAGGUACUAUUCCCAGUGGUUUUCUGAUUAUUGUAAUCAUCAUAACGAUUGUAUGCUACAGACGAAGGUACAAAUUACAAUACAUUUUCCUGCAGUUAAGAGCUGCAUGUAGGCACCACGGGAAGGAAAACGCGGACUUUGAUUUUGAUGCAUUUAUUAGCUACAGUUCAUUGGAUACUUCCUGGGGAAAGAAAACACUUUAUGUCAACUUAGUGGCAAAAUUUCACUACAAAAUAUGUAUUGACGACAUAAAUUUUAAACCAGGAACGGAAAUCGUAGCAGCAAUCUCGCGGGCCAUAGCUAAAAGCAAUAAAGUUAUCCUUGUCAUAACUCAGAAUUUCCUCCGUAGCAAAUGGUGCACGUAUGAACUAAACCUUGUAACGGGUGAGCUGGCCAGCAAGGGACGAGAUUGUAUUUUGCUUAUAUUGAAGGAGCCGCUCACUUCCCUGCCUGAAGAAUUAAUCACCGAUACGCUGCGUUCCCUUUUGGACACCAGAAUUUACUUGGAAUGGAGCGAUGAUGCUGACAGAAGAGAUGUGUUUUGGAGGAAGCUCCGUGAUUUACUUGGUGAACCUUUACCACGAGGGGAACACAAUGAACAAGAUGAAAGUCCAUUAUUUCCUCAGACUAUAGAAGAUGAAAACUUGGCUCAACAUUUUCUUGCUCAUGGGCAACAGCCAAGUAUAAAUGACGAUGAAACACCAUUAUUGAAAACCGAAGACAACUGAUAUGGUUUUCAAGAGCUUUGACUGUCAUAAC